AUGGCUGGCACUACGCUAGCAAUGCGCUCAAUGGUUUCCCCGGCCCUCAUGCAGUCUAUGACGCGCCGGUCGGUCGCGACCUCGACGCAGACUCUCCGCGCAAAGCCUCUCCGCUUCCAGACUAUCUCGCGUGUCGCUCGUCGCGGCUACGCCGAUGUUGCCCCGACUCCCUCACCUGUCCCCAAGCCUAAGAAGCGUUUCCGUGCUCUUCGCUGGGCCUGGCGAUUGACCUGGAUGGGCAGUGCCGGCCUCCUCGGAGUCCUAGCUUACAGUAUCUACGAGCUCCGCCACCCCGAAGAGCAGAUCGAGCCUUCCCCGGACAAGAAGACCCUUGUUGUUCUCGGUACUGGCUGGGGUGCUGUCUCCCUGCUCAAGAAGCUUGACACUGAGAACUACAAUGUCAUCGUCGUCUCCCCUCGUAACUACUUCCUGUUCACUCCCCUGCUGCCCUCAUGUACUACCGGUUUGAUCGAGCAUCGCUCAAUCAUGGAGCCUAUCCGUAACGUCCUCCGCCAGAAAAAGGCUACCGUCAAGUUCUACGAAGCCGAAGCUACCAAGAUCGACUACGAGCGACGUGUUGUUCACAUCAGUGACGACUCGGAGGUCAAGGGUGAUAUCACAAACACCGAGGUUCCUUUCGACAUGCUUGUCAUCGGCGUCGGUGCCGAGAACGCUACUUUUGGUAUCCCCGGUGUUCGCGAGAACUCUUGCUUCCUUAAAGAAGUCGCUGACGCUCAGAACAUCCGUAAGCGUAUUAUGGACUGUGUUGAGACCGCCAUCUUCAAGGAUCAAUCCCCCGAGGAGAUCAAGCGCCUGUUGCACAUGGUUGUCGUGGGUGGUGGCCCUACCGGUGUUGAGUUUGCUGGUGAACUGCAGGACUUCUUCAACGAUGACUUGAAGAAGUGGGUUCCCGAAAUUACCGACAACUUCCACGUCACCCUCGUCGAGGCCCUUCCUAACGUUCUGCCUAUGUUCUCCAAGCAACUGAUUGACUACACCGAAUCGACCUUCAAGGAGGAGGAGAUCACCAUCCGCACCAAGACCAUGGUCAAGGCUGUUACCGACAAGUACAUCGAGGCCGAGAGCACCAACCCCGACGGCUCCAAGAAGCUCGAGCAAAUCCCCUACGGUCUUCUCGUCUGGGCUACCGGUAACGCCGUCCGCCCCGUUGUUCGCGACCUUAUGAACCAGAUCCCCGCCCAGAAGGACUCCCGCCGCGGUCUCGCCGUGAACGAGUACCUGGUUGUCAAUGGAACGGAGAACAUCUGGGCCGUCGGCGACUGCGCCAUUACCAACUACGCCCCCACUGCCCAGGUUGCUGGUCAGGAGGGUGCUUUCCUGGCUCGUCUCUUCAACACGAUGGGUAAGAGCGAGGCCAUCGAGAAGGAGCUGCAGAUUCUGUCGGCCAAGCAGUCUGAGACUAAGUCCGACGAGGAGCGCAACCAGGUAUUCGAUGAGAUCCGUGAGCGCCAGAAGCAGCUGCGGAGACAUAAACAGAUCGGACCCUUCCAGUAUUCCCACCAAGGUAGUCUGGCGUACAUUGGCAAGGAGCGCGCUGUUGCCGAUAUCAGCUGGCUGAGCGGCAACAUUGCCAGCGGUGGUACUCUGACCUACCUUUUCUGGCGCAGUGCCUACCUUAGCAUGUGCUUCAGCUCUCGCAACCGUGUUCUUGUCGCCAUGGACUGGGUUAAGGCCCGUCUCUUCGGCCGUGACGUGUCCCGAGAGUAA